AUGACAACCACGAUCUCCCUCCAGGAGAUCAUCACUCGGCUACGUCAACCCAUCCCUUCACUUGAUGAGCUCCAUUUUCUACUUAGCGCGCCUCUUUUAUCGUUGGGGGCUCAUCCCAAUCCACAAGGGUCUCCCAAACUCGCAACCCCUCCCAGCACGAGACAGCUUGUGACACUCCAAUCUACGAUUCUCGGAUAUGUGUUCCCUGCGUGGGAAGGUCAGACUGAACUACUGUGGCACUUUUUCUGUCCGCCAAAUGGAUGUGGGAGUCUCGUAUUAGGAGCGUUGAACGUGCUGACUGUCCCACCGCUAUCUCCGUCUGCAAUUACGAUUCUCGAAAGAUUUGUGGCAGCCUACCCGUUGGACCAGAUCUGGAGCAUAUUUCACAAGGAGCUGGGAGCGGGAUCGAGUAGCGAGGUGCAGUGGAACGAGACGCUGAAGAACUGGGUUAGCAUCUCCAUCAAAGCCACAAACGCACGUCUAGGAGAGGUGAGAGGUGUGCUAGCUCCGAGAGAGUUUAUGUUAGAGACGUGUAAAGCGACUGAGCGAAUUAUCCAUUCGGUUGCCACGAAUGGCCAAUUUUCGACAGAGACUACAAGUAAACUGGCUCAGACGAUCACAAAACUUGCACAAACCGGACAUUUCGCGGAUGGUCUAUUUUUCUUGGCCACUUUGCGAGCAUGCUUGGCCCAUUGGGACGACAAGUACGGUCGAGUCUGGAGCCAGACGACACAAAACCUACCCGGCACGGUGCUUUUCAGUUUCGUGCAAUCCUUGCUAACAUUCAUCCACCACUCUAUGUCUUUGCCAACAAGCACAGCUGAGGAACAAGAUGGACAACUGACGUACCGUGAAGUUAGCCGGCUAUUCGCUCUGUUCUUUGGGUCUGUGAUCGAGGCUCCUCCGGAAGUGUGGAACGUUGUGCUCGGAAGUGGGCGGUCGUGGAGCUCACGAAUAAGUCGUGCGUUGGUCAGAUGGGCAGUUGUAGCCCAAGCUGAACCGUACGCAACUCGAGUAACGGAGAUUGAUGCAAAUCUUGUGGAUGACGUUCUGCAAAACGAUAUUACUCUGGAACAUGACGACCAGGAGAAUAAUGGACUAUCUGUCCUCUUGGAAUACGUUUUGGCACGAUGGACAGAUUCUCAGCACAUCUCGAGAGCAUUACUGAGUGAACAUCGAUAUCUGACCAGUGUGCUGGUGCUUACGCUUGGCGGGUUGAUCGCCCGCUUUCAGGAGACAUCUGUCCGUGCAACUGAAGGCCUUUCCUCGACGUUCCCCCCAUCUCCGCCGGCUACGACUGACGGAUCAAAACUUCACCCGCUAAUCGUCAAGACAUCGACUUCCCCUACGUUUAUUCGAUCUGUAGGCACGUAUCUAUCUCAUCGAGACGAAGCUGUACGGAGAUGUGGGAUGUUGGUCGCAGAGAUCGUGUCGGGAGGCAAGCUGAACUUUGGGGGAUGGGAGGAUAAUAAUAAUACGGAGAGUGGUGAUAUCGGAAGAGAAAAGAAGGCAGAGUGGCAGGCCUGGGCGCAGGAGUUGCGAACAGAGGCAAUGGACAUAUUGAACACUCUUCGAUACGAAGAAACACAGCCUGCACAAGACCCAAUGAGUCAGGCGCAAAGGAGCUCAAAGGCAGACGAGCCCUCUAUCGAUCCAUCAUUAGCACAGAAACAAAGCAGCGCAGCUGCUGAGCCGGACUCGGAUGACGACUCUUUGGUUGGCUACACCUCGCCCUCUCCUACAUCUUCCCGCGCCCCUUCACCAACCCCAUCAGAGCUGGCAGACCCGACCCUACGACGCCGCCCCAUACCUCGUCCAGUAUACCUUGCAGAACUAGGAGCACUACUUGUGGAAGCGCCAAAGAACGCGGUGGAGGUGCAGCCAGCGGAAGGAUUCGGUCUGGGGAACAAAACGAGGAGAGGAAUGGGGAUCACGGGAGGAAGAGGUGGUGGGGAUGCAGAAGACGAGAAGGCCAGGGUGGAGCUGGCGCUGGAAGUCGGGGCGGAGCUUGUGAGGAAGAAGAGGGGGUACGGAAGUGAACUCGAGGAAAACGCAAUCAAUCUGGCCUACCUGUUUAUGGGGCUACAAGACAACUAUGAGCUAGAUAGAUUCGAGGAGAGGAGGCAAAGUGUUCUGGUUGCGCUGGUCGCAUGCUGUCCGACCAAGGCUGCCCCAACGAUCAUUGAGCAGUUCUUUCACCACCAAUACUCUACUUCUCAGAGAUUCACAAUGCUCAAUGCGCUGGCGUUAGGUGCGCGCGAACUUGCGGGCCUGCCCAUUCCUCCGCCUCCUAGUGACACAUCCAAACGCCCGCGAGUCGACUUCCCAAGCAAGGUUCUGCCUGAGGCCGCUCAUUUGAAGUAUAUGCGCGAAAGCGAUCUUCCUCCACCAGCAAAUCGUAUCGAAGGGCCUAGGAAACAGUUGAUAGAAGGGAUGGGUUCUCAAGUAUCCACCCUCGUGGACGAUCUGAGUGGCAUGGCGAUCAGGCGUAGUAAAGAGGAGACCGAAGAGUCUAUACCUCAGAUUGUUCGCGAAAGGUCGCUGCGUGUCGGUCACAAACGAGCGCCGGGCGUCACUCCGGCCGGUUCAGACUCCCAGUUGAAACUUGGGUAUCUCUCUAGCCAAACCCCGGUUAUUCCCUUCGCGCAAGUGGCAGCUGAAUACUUUGUCAGCCCAUUGAUCCAUCGGUUCUGGGCUCACCUCCAAUCAUCAAUGACGCACGAAGCCUACGCGAGAAAUGGAGGGCAUCUGAAGGCGGGGGCUGGGACAGGGAUGAUUCUCAGUCCACUUGUGAUGGCCCAUCUUUUGGGAACUUUGGCCGUUCUACUCCAUGCUGCGAGACAUUCUCCACCUUUCCUGCACGUCUUGGCCCCAGAUGCAGCAGAACUGGCACUGGCCGUCGGUACGCGACCACUUUCGCGUAACGGCGGCGAAGAAGGAACUGAAGCCGGAGUCAUAGCGGGAGCACUGGAGCUCGCACUCACAGUUCUCGAUAGCGCAUUGGAGCUAGACGAGGGACAAACUUUUGCUCUGGAGAAGGCAGAUUUGUUGCUGGGAAUAGGACAGUGGGCAUCAACGGUGUUUGAGGGAUUGGAUAAAGGCGAACGUGCGCCUGGGGUCGGAGGAAGGGAUGAAGAAAGGGCCGUGAGGCUAUCUGCAGGUUUGGUGCUGACAUGCGAGAGGAUUUAG